AUGCUGGAGGCGUCCUUCUUCAAGACCUUUCCGAAACUCACGCCCAAAGGUACCGAAGAGGGUCACACAUCCACCAUGUCUGACACCGCCAAAGCAAGUGGCUCGCAGCCUGACCUCGCAGCUCUUGCUGCUCGCAACUCAGGUGCAGUGAGGCGGCGAGCGGCGCAGCAGGCAGCAAACAAGCCAAACAGCACACGAGCAGCAGGCGCAGGUGGAAGCUCAAACACGAUGAUGAGGCUAUAUACCGACGACAAUGCAGGCUUGAGCGUUGACCCGGUCGUCGUCCUGGUUCUGGCCGUCUCUUUCGUUUUCUCGGUCGUCUUGCUGCACAUCUUCGGAAAGUUCGCCCGAUUCCUCACCAAGUGAAAAAGUCUACGUAUGGAGACUGUUCGCCCUGCAUGCAUUCCGGAUGGCCUGCGCAAAGAGAGAUUCAGGGACUGACGCCUGUACUCAUAUCGACCAAAAUCUCUGACGUUCGCGAUUGGACCAGGAUCAAAGAUAAGAUGGAAAGCAUGAAGGAGAGUAGCAUAUACGUUGAGACAGGAAAUGCUACUAUACAGGUGUGAACUCUGAAAGCAUGCUGAGGGUACCAGAUUGUCCCAAUUGGGAGUGGAGCAAUGCAGUACAGUACAGCGCUGAACAAGGCGCAUAGCAUUCGGCUGUGCAUUCACAUCUUUGACGAAAUGUCCGAGCCGCUCAUCUUGACCCACUCCCCCUCAUCCGUCAGGACCUCUGCAUCGCCAUCGGUAUCGUCUGUAGCACCGCCGCGCUUCCGAAGUUCCUGGUGCAGAGGUAGUGCUGGUGACGAAGCGGCCGAGGGUGCAGAACUGGCCGUUGCGGAGCCCG